GCCUGCGCGCAGCCCCUGCGUGGAUAUCGCAUGCCUUGCAACAGUCAGAACACGUCCAUGCUGACUCGACUGGACUGUGGAGUGCAUUGCACUUGCAGUUUGCAAUGACUCAUGAGUGCUAGUGCCGUAGAUCUACGUAGACUAGUACUACAGUUUGCUGACCGUGAGUGCUAGUGGCGUGGGUCCAACAAAAUCAAGGCGUUUUUCUCUGGCCGAAUGCAUGGAAAUGCAAGUGGCUGCCGCUUUCCCAAUCCUCUACGCAGGCCCUCCACUAAUUUGGCUCCGCUCUUUUCUAGUAGUACUAGUACCAUGAAAGCGUCACCUGCUUCACUGGUAGUACGUGUAGAAGAACUGCCGCUGCUUUGCAGAAUCACAGGACCAACAAGGAACUCGCGCUAGCAGCGCCUGUAGUGUCCUUGUGGUAAACGAAGCUGAUAUUGAUUGUGUUCAUUGUUCGAUUCCGUUCUGUUUGGGCAAUCCUAAGACUCAGUGCGAUCGAGACGAGACCUGUGAACUUGGACUCGUUCAAAUUUUCGCUGAACUCCAACGUAAGAACUAAGAUGGAGAACGAACAACAUAUGCCCCCGAAGAAACGCGCUCGGAAUAGGGUUUCUGCUGCGAAAGCUGCCACCGCUCAAACUAAGGCUCCUGAAGCGGCGGCAGUGUCGAACGAUGGCGAUUUGCCAAAGACUGCUGGGCACGGAGACCUGUCUCGUUUGUCAUUCCUGGUGCAUGCUGCCGAGGAGGCUAGGACGCGAGAAAUGCCCAACACGUCGUCUCCAUCGUCCGCUUCUAGCCCGAAUGGUGCUCCAGUGAAGGAUUGCCAAGUACCCACUGCGUGUGAACCUGCAGCAGCUGCGCCAGCAACUCCGACUCUUCCCCCAGUGAAGGAGAAGCCCGCUAGGAAGCCUCGGAAAAGCAGAAGUAAAACGGUAAAAGGCGAAAAGGCCGCAGACAACAAGAAAAAAACUACCGAAAAUGGCGAUUCAGCCGCAGUGGCAGUGAGCUCAGUGUCCAACCCCGUACCGAUUGCGACGGCAGUGCAGCCGAAAUCAUCUGUGCAGCCGACCGCUGUGGUCCACGCGACGCCGAUCUCUUCAGUCGUGGGCACGCUUCAAACGCCCAGCUCUUCGCUGAUUGGUCAGCACGUCACGGUUGCGCCGCAAGCAAUGACUAUGCAGGUCGCCCCGGAGAUGAUGGCCGUUGACGGCAGCAAGCCGUUUGGCCAUGCAAUAAUGGCACCGGCCAUGGCACCCACUAGGUUUGCAAUUGCCCCUGGUGGUGCUCACUACCCCAUGGCCAUAGCUCCGCAGUUCUUCGCGUCGCCCCAGCAGAUCUAUGCGCCGGCAACCAUGGCGAUACCGACUCCGAUCGGCACUCUCACAAGCCAGCCGGACCAGCGGUUACUCGCAUCCAAUGCGCUGCCAGGACUGGAAGACGCCUCGCUCCUGUUCCGCGGAAAGCACAAGGCGUCCGAUCGCGGUGGAAGCCCUGACAUGGAGCGAGCUCUGGACAUCGUGAGCGAGCGAGAUGAGGACGGAGACACGUGCCUCCACAUAGCCGUUGUUCACGGCGACGUACGGGUAACGAGACAGCUUCUGGAGACCAUCGUGGCGACGAAAACCAGUGUUGAUCCGCGGAACAAUCUUUACCAGACACCACUCCACCUUGCAGUCAUCACCAGUCAACGCCACAUCGUCAAAGACCUAAUCCUGGCCGGAGCAGAUGUGAACCUUCAGGAUCGUAACGGACGAACUGCAGCGCACCUGUGCUGCAAGUAUCACAGUCGCGACUGCCUGAGAGAGCUCUUCACCGUGCAAGACGAGAAAGUGGCCAAACACUUCAGCGUGACCAUUCACAAGCUGGAUAUGUCGAUAAAGGAUUACGAAGGGUUUGCGCCGAUACACUGCAGUGUUAUUCACAAUGACGGGCAGUCACUGAACAUCUUACUGGACCAUGGCGCAGAUAUUGACGAGAAGGAUGGCACUGCCGGCAGAACAGCACUGCACCAUGCCGUGGAGCUACAGCACCUGCCCAUCUCGCGCUACCUAGUCGAUGCGGGCGCCAACGUAAGCGAAUGUAGUGUCAUGGUUUGCUCUCGGUACCACUUUUGGUUACUGCAAGACAUGUUAUUAUAACGAGUCGCAAGUUUACGAUGUAACAGCCUCAACAGA